AUGAGGAAGAUUUCUUACUUCUACGAUCAAGAGAUUGGAAACUACAAAUAUGCGCCUGGGCACCCAAUGAAGCCCCACCGAAUCAGACUCACGCACUCUCUAAUAAUGAACUACUCUGUUUUUAAGAGGCUGAAUGUGUAUUCGCCCAUGGCUGCAUCAUUUGAAGAUCUGACCCGGUUCCACUCGGACGAUUACAUUGAGUUUCUGCAGAACAUUAGAAAAGAGAACGCAGACACAAAGGAGAAGGAGCUUUCUAGGUACAACAUGAUAGAAGACUGUCCUGUUUUCGAAGGAGUGUACGAGUACUGCCAAAAGACAGCCGGAGGUUCGAUUCAGGGCGCAGCCCACAUAAACGAAGGUCUGUCUGAUGUGUCAAUUAACUGGUCCGGCGGACUGCACCAUGCAAAGAGAAGAGAGGCCUCUGGGUUCUGCUACGUGAAUGAUAUUGUGCUGGGAAUUCUGGAGCUGCUUCGGUACCACGAAAGAGUCAUGUACAUCGACAUAGAUGUGCACCAUGGAGAUGGAGUUGAGGAGGCAUUCUACUGCAGCGACCGAGUGAUGACUAUUUCCUUCCACAUGCAUGGAGAGUUCUUCCCAGGGACAGGAGCAGUGACUGACGUAGGAAUUGAAAAGGGCCGGGGAUACAGCAUUAACAUACCGCUCAACUCGGGAAUUGAUGACAACACGUAUCUGUCCAUAUUCAAGCCUGUGGUUGGCGCUGCUGUUGAGAAAUACCGGCCUGAUGUGAUAGUUCUGCAGUGCGGUGCUGACUCUCUUGCAGGAGACCGUCUUGGGUGCUUUAACCUGACGCACAAAGGGCAUGCUGGGUGUGUUGAGUUUGUUAAGUCUCUAAACAUUCCACUUCUUGUGCUGGGAGGCGGAGGCUACACAAUUUCAAAUGUCUCUCGUGUGUGGGCGUAUGAAACAGCAAUUCUAGCCAAUGUGGACGUGCCCAGCGAGCUGCCGUACACUGAAUACUUUGAUCAUUAUCAUCCAAACUACACGCUGGAGAUACUUCCCAUGUCGAUGGAUAAUCAAAACACAAAGCAGUAUAUAGAGAAAAUAUAUGAAGAGGUUUUGGAGAAUAUCAGAGGAAUUGAAGCGCGCCCGGCUGUACAGAACCUCCAAACCAUGAAAUCACUUAUGUCAGAGACUGCAGAUGAAACAAAUGAAGAAAUGUGGAGCCGGCUGCGCGAGCGCAGAAUUUUCAAGGAAAAAGACAUAGAUGAGUCAGAACAGUUCAUUGAGUACUCUUUUGAGGAUGAAACAAUUCGAUCGUCUUAG